AGCUCCGCCCACUUGUGGUUUCAUAACAUCGGCUGUUAAGGUGUGAAUUAUUGUCAUUACGGAACAUUUCACGAAGCUUACGAAGCUGUGUCAUAUCCAUUUGGAAUGUUUUGAGAGAAGUCGCGCAAGACGAUUUUCUUAACAUUGAUAGUCCCAUCUAUUCAAGUCUAUGUCUUCGAGGACCAUCGUAAGGAAGGGAACUCAUCUGCUCCAAGGCCUGUCCCAUUUCACCAGACAGCGGAGAUUACUGCCAGGGGUCACCCUCACUGCUGCAGCCUCCAUCCUUGGUUGGUUCGUGGUAACAAACCUGCACCCGAAGACCCAAGACCAACUGUCAGCAUCCUCUGUCCACACAUCAUCGGAGAAAUCAACCUAUUCAAACAGUACCAUGCCGAACAUGAACAAGAAGAGAGAGGGAGCAUUGUAUGGCAUGUUCAUAGGCGAUUCUCUAUCAAUGCCUGUCCAUUGGUAUUAUGAUGUUGAUAAUAUAAAGAGAGAUUUCAACGGGUGGUUGACUGGAUUUGAAGCUCCUCGAAAACGACAUCCAACUAGUAUCCUGACCAUAUCAGCAACAGGUGGUGCUGGGAGAUCAACAUUCAGUGGGAAACAGAAGAGUAUUAUUGGUGAUAUUAUUUUACAUGGCAAGCUGCAGUACUGGACAAAGAAUGACAGAUCAAUCCAUUAUCAUCAAGGAAUGGCAGCAGGUGAUAACACACUAAACGUCCAUUGUGCGUUGAGGGCAGCAAUCCAAGCAUCUAAAGACACUGAUGGGUCAGAUGAUGCUGUCCUAACCUCCAUCAUGACGGACUAUGUCCAUUUCAUGACCACACCAAACACCCACAACGACACCUAUGCAGAAUCCUACCACAGAGAAUUUUUCAAGAGCUGGGAUGCUGCUGGUGGCCCCACCCAACCAGAGGAAGUGAUGUCAUUUGUGGAGAAACGGAUAAAAAACUUGGAAAACAAACAUCUUGAUCACAAUAUUGAUGGAAUAGGUGCCGUGGUUCAUCCAAUCCCUCUUAUCAUCCAGAAUGCUAACAAACCAGUCGAUGUGGCCGCAAAGCAAGCUGUGAGAUUGACUCGCAUGACCCAUGCCUCUGUCAACCUUGAUCCCUUCGUUGAUGUCUAUGCUCGUACCCUUCAUGGUGUCCUCAAUGGGCAAAGCCUGAGAGAGAAAAUCAAUGAAGCUCUUCUGUCGCCUCCCGUUGGUAAUUUCAGGCUGCCGACGCUAUUUGAAGAAUACUCCAAGAAAGCAAGAAAGUAUGAGAAAGGCUCAGAGAAGAGGUUACAAAUCUACCAGUCUGUUGUUAGUCAGUUGGGUUUGGCUUGCUACAUGAAAGGAGCUAUGACAUCCAUGUUUUUCCUAGCAUAUGAAUUCCAUGACGACUUUGAAGGUGGUGUUUUAGCGAACACAAACUGCGGAGGUGAGAACUGCAACCGAGGCGCAGCCCUUGGGGCUCUACUCGGAGCGGAAGCAGCAAGGACAGGCAAGGCAAUACCCGAUAGAUUUAAAUCUGGAUUAAACAUUCUAAAACCUGGUAUACAGUCGGUAGUAGAGUCAUGGUGAUGAAUAUUCAAGACAGAAAGGGGGAGGGAAAAAUUAUUUAAGGGGCAAUUCCAUAAAAUCUGUACGUCCGACACCCCAUAUGUGGGACUUCAAUGAAAUUUUUUGUCUCUGAUUUCUUGUUCUUUUGACAGUCUAUAAUGCUCCCAAAUGACCAUGACUUGGUCAGUGUAUGAAGUGAAGUAAAACCUGAGAAAAAUGGGGGUCGGACGUACAAAAAGGUCGACUAUUUUAUGGAAUGCCCUAAGGUAAAGCCUGUUAAAACAAAGUUUUGUUUUGAAUAAAAAAAUAAAUUUGGCAAAACAUGUUGCUGAACAGUUCAUCCCAACUGGAUUUGACCUUUGAGCUUUCAGAUCCUGAGGAGCGUUUUAUUGAUAUUUUUGCAAGACGAGUUUUCAGAUCUUGGGUCCGUUGCGGAAAGAGUUGCGUUUAAAUGCAACUCAAAUAAUCAAUUGCAAGUCCCAAAUACGCGCUGUUGAUUGGUUGAAAAUUAAGUUGUGCAUGCAUUUAGAGUUGGGAUUGAUUGCAACUCUUUCUGCAACGGGCCCCUGAUCUUUGACAUUUCCCCUUGAUUCCAGUUGGCUGAGAAGCACUGUUGCCAUGGUAGCUGUUGGAUAAAACAGGACUUUUCCGAUUAAACAUCCGACAAGUCCUUUCGAGGAACGUUCCCUAGAAGGAUUGCAAGUGACAAAACUGUUGAUAUCACCCACUCACUAUUUCUGUUGUAUUUCAUGAUCUAUUUCCCAGUCUUCAUUAUUCAUUUGUGUCAUUGUUGCAUUUCAGUCAGGAGCUACUACUGGUUAAAUUGACAACAAAUCAUGCAAGUGGAAUGGUGAAUGUACACAUUAUGACAUCAUCAGCUUUCUCAAUUGCAUAUCAACAGCCUUGCAUGUGCAUAUAAUUGUUAUGUGGAAAUCUGAUUGUGAUAAAAAUUUUCAGUCUUCUUAUUUUUCUUUGUAUUCAUAUCUUCAAUGUUUUCUUGAAAAUUAAGCACACUUUAAUAUCUUUGUUAACAAAGGACAUGUGCAAAUUUCCUGUACAAAAUAUGACAUUUAUGGAUUUCCAUACAUUUGAGGUUGAAUGGAUCAAUCAUAACUUUAUGUUAGACGGGCCCUAAUUUCUCCUGCAUUCUCACUGUUCUGAUUUGUCCCACAAUGAAAGCGGCCAGUUUCGUCUCUACCCCACUAGAACUUGCUAACAUUCUUUGAUGAUUGGAUGUUUUUUCUUCUGUUUUCAUGUUUGGCACGUGCUACCUACAUUGUUAGAAAA